AUGCCUCAGAUCAACGGCCAAGAAGUCGGGCCCAUUGGCUUUGGCCUUAUGGGCCUAACAUGGCGUGCAAAGCCCUGUUCUGAAGAACAAGCCUUUGAGGCCAUCAAGGCCGCUCUCAACAACGGCUGUAACUUCUUCAACGGCGGCGAGUUCUAUGGGAAAAUGGAGUACAACAGCCUUGUUCUUCUGGAACGGUACUUCGCCAAGUAUCCGGAAGACGCGGAUAAAGUUGUCCUCAGCGUCAAGGGCGCGGGUGGCCCAAGCGGGAUGCAACCGAGUGGCACCGAGGCCGAGAUCAACAGGUCUAUCGGCAAUGUGAUCAAGCAGCUGAACGGGCGCAAGAAGCUCGACAUCUUCGAGUGUGCGCGCCGAGACCAGAACGUCUCGAUGGAGGAGACAUUCGGCGCGAUGCAGAAGUUCAUCGACGAGGGGAAGCUGGGUGGCAUCUCGCUCAGCGAGGUCCGACAUGAGACUCUUCUCGAGGCGGUCAAGAUCACAAAGGUCGUUGCCGUCGAGGUCGAGCUCAACCUGUUCGCGACCGAAGUCCUCGAGAACGGAAUUGCUGCGACCUGCGCAAAGCACAACAUCCCCCUGAUUGCCUACUCCCCCCUGGGACGCGGGCUGCUGACAGGAGAGAUCAAGUCGCCCGAUGACAUCCCUGAGGACGACAUGAGAAAGCACUUUCCGCGUUUCCAGCCUGGCAACUUUGAGCACAACCUGGUUUUGGCGGAGAAGGUCAAUGAGAUGGCAAAGAAGAAGGGAGUCACGCCGGGCCAGUUUGCCCUGGGGUGGGUCAGGACGCUUUCAAAGAGGCCGGGAAUGCCCACCAUUAUCCCCAUCCCUGGCGCCACGACAGCGGCCCGGGUCAACGAGAACUCAAAGCUAGUGGACCUCACGGACGAGGAGAUGAAUGUGAUCGAUGAAAUACUCGAGAAGAUGGAGGUCAAGGGAUCCCGUUACCCUGACUACGUCCCCACGAACACCUAG